CAAAGCCACUCACUCAGCCAGUCCAGUGGGAGGUCAGCAGGUUGAGGUGGAGGUGCCUCGCUCACACACGGCUCGCCCGGAGAAGGAUAGAGAGGGAGAGAGGAAGAACGGGAAGACUGUUGCUAAACAUUUAAAUAUUUUUUCUCACUUUUAAUUACGUCUGCGAUGGAUAAUUUGAAGUACCUGAGUGGCUUUGGGUCGGAGUUCACGUCUGAGGCCUUACCUGGGGCGUUACCUGAGGGCCAGAACAACCCGCAGGUGUGUCCCUAUGGCCUCUACGCUGAGCAGCUCUCCGGCACGGCCUUCACAGCGCCGCGGGAAUCGAACCGGCGCUCAUGGCUUUACCGCAUCCGUCCGCCAGUCAUCCACCGGCCCUUCAAGCCCCUCAAACAUGAUUUCCUCGAGAGUGACUUCCGUAAGAGGCACCCCAACCCCAACCAGCUAAGAUGGAAGCCGUUUGAUAUCCCGAAGCAGGAGAUGGAUUUCGUGUCUGGCCUGCGAACGGUUUGUGGCGCCGGGGAUCCGCUGUCCAGGAACGGCUGCGCCAUCUACGUGUAUGUGUGCAAUGUCUCCAUGACGGACAGCGCCCUCUACAACAGCGACGGGGACUUCCUCAUAGUCCCCCAGCAAGGCACUCUGGACAUCACCACAGAGUUCGGGAGGCUGCGCGUGGGCCCCAACGAGAUGUGCGUGGUGCAGCAGGGCAUGAGGUUCUCCGUGGCUGUCUCGGGGCCUUCAAGAGGGUACAUACUUGAGGUGUACAACAACCACUUCGUCCUGCCCAACCUCGGCCCCAUCGGUGCGAACGGGCUGGCCAAUCCUCGAGACUUCCUCACUCCCGUCGCCUGGUACGAGGACAAGGAGGUGGAGAAGUACAGGGUCAUCUCAAAGUACCAGGGACACCUGUUUGAGGCCGUCCAGGGUAACUCUCCCUUCGACGUGGUGGCCUGGCACGGAAAUUACGUCCCUUAUAAAUACAACUUCAAGAACUUCAUGGUCAUCAACGCCACGGCCUUCGACCACGCUGACCCGUCUAUCUUCACCGUGCUCACCUGCCCCAGCGCCAAGCCAGGUACUGCCAUCGCGGACUUUGUGAUCUUCCCGCCACGCUGGGCCGUACAGGAGCACACUUUUAGACCACCCUACUACCACCGUAACUGUAUGACUGAGUUCAUGGGGCUCAUCUACGGUAACUACGAGGCCAAGGAGGAGGGCUUCAUGCCGGGGGGGGCCUCACUCCACUCCAUGAUGACGCCACAUGGCCCCGAUACCCAGUGCUUCGAGAGUGCCUCCACGGGGGAACUGAAGCCUGUGAGGGUGGCUGACGGAACGCAGUCGUUCAUGUUCGAGACGUCCCUGGGCCUCGGGCUGACGCAGUGGGGAGAGGAGACCUGCGACAAGAUAGACGCCAAUUACUUCAAGUGUUGGCAGGGGCUGAAAAAGAACUUCGACCCCAACUGGAAGCCCGCGACGAAGCAGUAGGAGUAUGGAUGGGAUUCUCAGGCGCCUACACCUCUCACGUAAAUUAUUUCUAAACUUAGGAAAGGAGGUUAAUUACGUUCUCAUUAGUGUUCUCUUCACGACCAUGGCACAGAAGCUUCGUCACACUACCACCAGGGUCAUAAAACCAAAAUAUCCCUGGCAAUACUCACAACUCCUAUGAAAGCCUUGUCAAAUGAUUAAGAAAUAAUAGUAUAAUUCCUCCUUCCUCUAUCUGUAAAAUAUCUAUUAGUGCCAUUACUCUACAGAGAAUACAUAAAAAGUGCCAUUACUACAAUUGUUGGAAAUGGACUUCGACCCCAACUGUAAGCUCAAGACGAAAUAAUAUAAUAUUUAUCCGUUACUUUAGUACCGGUAAAAUAUUCAUUUGUGCCAUUAUUUUGUAAAUAAUAUGUUUAAAAGUGCCAUUACAAGUGUUGGAAAAGAACUUCAACUUAAAAUGGAAGCUCAAGACGAAGAAAUAAUAUGUACAGUUAUCCCUUCUUCCACCUGCAGUGCCAUUACACACAAACACACAAAAAAAUAAAAUACAAAACAGAUAUAUAUAUAUAUAUAUAUAUAUAUAUAUAUAUAUAUAUAUAUAUAUAUAUAUAUAUAUAUAUAUAUAUAUAUAUAUAUAUAUAUGAAACAGCGCCAUUAAUACAAGUGUUAGAAAAAAAUCUCGACCCGAAAUGGAAGCUAAAGACGAAGAAAUAAAAUAAGUGUCCUUACUCUUUCCUCUUUACGCAGAACUAUAAAACAUGCCAUAUUCACUUCAACAUCGCAAACAAGCUCCUCCCCUUGAGCCACUACGUUCAAACAAUUGGCCAAUCCACAAACCGGACACGCUCUCACCAAUCCAGGCUGGGUGUGAUCAAUGGAUGCUGGGAAAAGGGAAUUUUGAUUGGUGGUUGCUGGGCGGUGUGGUUGGGACUUAUUUACGAUGUCGAUAUAAACAGACUGUAUACUGUCUGUACCUCUUACUUUGUCUGAGAGGGAUUUAAAAUAGUGCCCCUUUCCCACAUUUUUCCGGCAGAAGAGUGCGUCUGGAAAGAAAUCGUAAAGUUGUUGUUGUCCACAGAGCUGCAAAGAUGUGAGUGUCGGUAACUUUCUGCGGCUUAGCUCAUAUUUAAUCCGUCCACUUUUAUUAUAGACUUUUCGCUCAUCAUAGUGAUCUCUCUCUCUCUCUCUCUCUCUCUCUCUCUCUCUCUCUCUCUCUCUCUCUCUCUCGUAUAUAUAAUUUUAAGAGCCACUAGUAUCAGUAUCAUAUACAUACAAAUACCAUUUAAUUUCUUCGUUGUUUAAUUCAGUAACGGAUUGAUUAUUUUCACUUACCAACCGUGCAACAAAGGAGAAAAGGGGUGAAUCUUUUUUUUUUUUUUAAUGUUGUCUUGUCUAUGUGGUGUUGCUUUCAGUUCAGCUAUACAUUCCAGUACCGUAUUAAGACUUAUUGAUGUUGGUUAUGCUUCAAUAUGACUUAAUUACGGAAAUAUGUGCAUAAAGUUUCUAUUAAUCAAUUGCCUGCGUGUGCUCAUUCAACUGUGCCAUAAUCUAACGGGAAAAAUAUAGAUACAUGCAUAUACUAAGUGUGUGUAUAUUAGUAACAGGAUAAACCCAUUUCAUUAUACUCUUAUCUAUCAGAUCAUCUAAUAAACUUGAUCCUAAGGGCCUGUUUACACGAGGCGUUUCUAACGCGCGUUAGCAAACGCGCGUCAGAUUCACGACCGUUCACACGAGGCGUUUUCUAACGCCGCGUUAACGCCGGUUUAGAUUGGCGAGAAAGCCAUGUUGCUGCUGAGUUGUAGUGUACAAGUUGAAACAUACAAAAAUAUAGUUAUUUUGUUAACUUACCAAUAAGUUGUUUGUCCUUCACCUCUCCUGAACUACAGAAGAUAUCUGUUAUUUCUUCCCAACAUUUUUUUUUCAACUGUCGAUCUUUAUAGUCCGGAGACUGCAUAUCCCAUAUGGCUGGACGUUUCUGUAUUUCAUGUAUGAGAAGGUCAGUAUCAAUUGCCUCAAGCCUCUGUUCCUCCAUGACUGCCAGUGAAGGGACUGUGCUUGUGGUGUGGGUGCGUGCGUGUAACCCGACUGAAAACCUCCUCCACGUGGAGUGGUUGCCAUAGUAACGCAUAUUAUCUCCUCAUUGGUUGCAGCCCAGCCAAUUAGAGGGCCCACCACUUUCAAACCGCGGCGUUUACCGCCCUGUGUAAACGCUCCCAUAAGCUCCAAUGUAUCUCGACCCGCUGGCGAAACGCGCGUUAGGAAGUGGCUUGGGCGUUAACGCGGCGUCAGGGAAAAACGCGCGUCACGUGUGAACAGCUCCAUAGGUUAUCAUUGAAAUUCCUAACGCGGCGUUUGCUAACGCGCGUUAGAAACGCCUCGUGUAAACAGGCCCUUAGGAUAAGCAUGGAUAUAGACUUUAGGAAGCUUGUUCAUUAGGAUAAGCAUGGAUAUAGACUUUAGGAAGCUUGUUCACUGCACAUCGCGGUUCAUUGAAAGCUAUAUAGUCGCGGCGCCCGAGUCUAAGGUGUGCAUUAUCCUGUUUUGGCAGCCUACUGUCUCAUGGGUUGUCCGAUUCAAUAGAUAAUAUAUGAGAGCCUACGCAAAGGAAAUAGUUAUCAGUAUCAGAAAUAUAUAUACGGCACCAAUGGCAUACAUUUAAUAGUUACAAUCAGCGAUCAUGUAAAUCAACAAGAAAGCUGUCUGCGACAAAAUCAAUAAUUUGAAAACCAAAAUGAACAAUACUUGACGGUAUUCAUCAUUGCUGGUGCAUACACUAUAUUGAUACUGACAGCUAUUUCCUGUGCGUAGACUAUCGUAUAUUAUCCAUGAAAUUGGACACGCCGUGUAACAGCAGAUUGCCAGAGCACGAUCAAAGUCUAUAUAUAGACUUUGAGCACGAUAAUGCACACCUCAGCUUCGGGCGCCACAGCUAUGAAGUAAUUGACACUCUGCCCUUCCCAUUCACCCAUGAACCUUUGUUUUAUUGAUAAGCGAGGGCCAAUAGAGUAUAACAUGGGGCAACACUGGUUUUAUCGGUCCUUCUGGCUGGAGCUAGAGCCAUAGAAUAGGAGAGUUUAGCUAUUUCAUCACAGACGCCAUGUUGUUUGUUACCAAAGGAGCCGCUCGAAAUUCAAAUUGAUGGUGAUACAAUAGUGUUUUUAGUGCACUACAUCUUCGAGACCCUGACCAUACCUACUAAAACAACAACAACAACAAAAAACUAUUGAAUUUCUCGCGGCUCUUGGUAACAACAUUGGGUUGUAUGACUGGUUGGAGGUAGCGAUGUACGUAACUCCACACAGAGGGAGCGAAAAACAAAGUGCCGCCCUGUGUAUUGAAUCAGCUUUGAAAUACAUCCUAUGGGCGCAGAAAAUAAAUGCUAACAUCAUGAGAGAAAAAAUACAGUUGACAUAUCCUUUUUUUUUUUUUUUUUUUUUUGUAUAUGUAUGUUGGUCGUAUAAGCUAUGUACGUAUAUUUUUAUAGAUGGAGUAGAUGCGAAGCUAUUUAAUGCUCAAAUUAAUAUUUUAGCCUACAUCAUAACUUCGAUCGUUUACCGCACUAAUCCUUCCGUAGUUUCACACGAGUAUAUAUAUAUAUAUAUAUAUAUAUAUAUAUAUAUAUAUAGAUAUAUAUAUAUAUAUAUAUAUAUAUAUAUAUAUAUAUAUAUAUAUAUAUAUAUAUAUAUAUAUAUUGCCAGAGCGAGCAUUUUCAUUUUUUCAUCUCUUUCGCUGAGAAACUAUAUAAGGAGCAGCCUUCCUUCGUCUGUAUUUCCUUCUGCCUACGACUUACACACUUUAGUAAGACUAAGGAAGGAGACGUGGCGUAAUUAAAUACUAUUAAACAAAAGCAGCUCGUAAUGGCAGAAAGAGACAAAAAGAUGAAAGAUAUAUACUCGUAAGACAUAUAGCCUUAAGUAGCUAUUGCUUAUGGGACAUGGAGGCAUUCUCUUUGCAUCUCAUUCAACUACUGGCUACUUUUAGCACUGACGAACUCUGCAAAUAGCGUAUGGAAUUUGUGAUAUAUUUCAUUUCAAACAUUCAGAUACUGGAUACUUUUAACAUUGACGAACUCUGCUAAUAAAACUGCCUACUAG